AUAUUUCCCGUACAACACCAUGCGCCCCUCUCUCCGACUGCUCACCAGGACACCCAACUACCCAGGCCACAUCCCCCUCUCCUACGCCCAGAAUGCCCUCCUCGCAGUCGGAUCGGGCGUCAUGGGUGUCGUAGACGUUUCGCGCGGCGACCUCAUCGCAUCUCUUUCCGAGUCUACGGCCGGCAUAUUCUUGCCAGCCCUACACGACAAGAUGAAGGUCACUCCCGAAGGACGUCAAAUCAUGAAAGAUCGCCCGCAAAUAACGAGUCAGACGAUUGAGGGGCUGAAGAACUUGAAGAGGGGUACGCUGGGGAGAGAGUAUGUGGAGUGGAUGGGCGAUGGGGGGCUGGAACCAGAGAGUAGAGUACCAGUGAAUUACAUCGACUCUCCAACUCUGGCCUACACCAUGCUCCGCUACCGCCAAACCCACGACCUCUACCACACCCUCUUCUCCCUGCCCCCCACUCUCCCACAUGAGCUUUCUCUCAAGGUCCUCGAAUUCUCCAACAUGAAACUCCCCGUCGCACUCCUCUCCUCAGUAUUCGGUCCUCUGCGGCUGAAACGCAAGGAGACCUGGUCGAGAGACUGGGUCCCAUGGGCGCUUCGUACCGGCCGAGAAGGAAGAAGCUUGGUAACGGUGUACUGGGAGAAGAGGUGGGAGCAAGGGGUAGGAGAGCUUAGACGGGAGCUGGGUGUUUCAAGGAAUGAUGCGAAUGGAGUAGAGGCUCGAUGGGGUGGGUAUAGGAAGCUGAGAGAGGAGGAGAGGGAGCUGAGAAGAAAGGGAGAGUGGGUGGAUGAGCCUGAAGAGUGGUAGAUGUAUGCACGGAUUCGUUCGCAGGAUUUGAAGGUAUGGACACUUAGCUGCUAUGGACGACGGUGCGGAAGAAGCCAUACUGUCUCUGAUCUGCUACUUCUUGAUCAUCUAGAGCUCUGCAUUAUAUUCACACCCUAGCAAGCCUAAUCAACUCUUGCACACCGCUCAGCUCUUCCAUCACGUGGGUGACAAUCUACGGGUACAUCAUCACGCCCACCAAUUAUCGCUCAACUCCUCUGGCAAAGCCAAACGUCCCA